UUUUUUUCGAUAUAUCCUAAAAGAUAGAUGAAUAUAGAUCUAGAUCUAGAAUAAAAUGUUUUAACAAAUUAAAAAUUGAGACAUAUAAUCACGUGACGUCGAGUAUUUUGGCGACAAUAGUCACAACUGAAAUUGCAAUUGAGUCAAAACAGAAGAAGAAGAGCAAAAGAUCAAUUCUAUUUUGGGGGCUAAUUUUCACGAUUAGGUUCUGUCAGCUUGAGCCCAGACGUACGUGUCUUAGACCUAGAUUCUACUUAGUUUACUUCAUUUUCUUAGCGUUGCUGAUAUUCACUCAAUUUUGAGCUUACCGGUACACACUUUUCGUAGAACAUCAACACGUAAUUGUUGGAUCUGACCAUUUCUCUGAGAUGAUGGAUACUAUGAUUCCUUGAUUGAUGAAUGCAUUAUUGACCAUGAUGAGUACACAGUGCAGAGUGGACAGGAAAGAACGCCUGGAACAUGUCUCAAAGAAAUGUCUGGAGGAGGAUCAAGAAAAUCAAAGAAACCACACAAGAAAGUGCUAAAUUGUAUCAGGCAAUGUGAACACUCCCUGUACCGUGGAGGAGUCCAAGUCUACCCCCCUCAAGUUCUUGAUUGAGAAGCACGCUGGUGGUGUAGAGGGCGGUUGGGAUAACCUCUUAACUGUCAACUCAGGGGGUUCUUCUACUUCUAUGAUCCCUAAAGAAUCAUCUGCAGAAGGGGAGCUCUGUGGUUUUGCUGGCUUCAGAUGUGAACGCAACCAGGCCACCAAACUCUUCAACAUCUCAGGCAAUGUGAACACUCCCUGUACCGUGGAGGAAUCCAAGUCUACUCCCCUCAAGUUCUUCAUUGAGAAGCACGCUGGUGGUGUAGAGGGGGGUUGGAAUGACCUCUUAACUGUCAACCCAGGGGGUUCAUCUACUUCUAUGAUCCCUAAAGGAUCAUCUGCAGAAGGGGAGCUCUGUGGUUUCGCUGGCUUCAGAUGUGAACGCAACCAGGCCACCAAACUCUUCAACAUCUCAGGCAAUGUGAACACUCCCUGUACCGUGGAGGAGUCCAAGUCUACUCCCCUCAAGUUCUUCAUUGAGAAGCACGCUGGUGGUGUAGAGGGGGGUUGGAAUGACCUCUUAUCUGUCAACCCAGGGGGUUCAUCUACUUCUAUGAUCCCUAAAGAAUCAUCUGCAGAAGGGGAGCUCUGUGGUUCGCUGGCUUCAGAUGUGAACGCAACCAGGCCACCAAACUCUUCAACUUCUCAGGCAAUGUGAACACUCCCUGUACCGUGGAGGAGUCCAAGUCUACUCCCCUCAAGUUCUUCAUUGAGAAGCACGCUGGUGGUGUAGAGGGGGGUUGGAAUGACCUCUUAACUGUCAACCCAGGGGGUUCAUCUACUUCUAUGAUCCCUAAAGAAUCAUCUGCAGAAGGGGAGCUCUGUGGUUCGCUGGCUUCAGAUGUGAACGCAACCAGGCCACCAAACUCUUCAACAACUCAGGCAAUGUGAACACUCCCUGUACCGUGGAGGAGUCCAAGUCUACUCCCCUCAAGUUCUUCAUUGAGAAGCACGCUGGUGGU